AUGGCAGCUCUUUUUCUCAUAGUGCUGGUACUGCUCGGCAUGCCUGUGCUUGUGGUCUUAUACCGGAUGUUCCGCGACAAACUGUGGGAAGAGUCCGAAUACCAAAUCAAGCUGCACAAGAAAUAUGGCCCCAUUGUUCGUUACGGUCCCAACACGGUCAUCGUGAACCUCCCGCAUGAACUGCCAACCGUCUAUCACCGCCGAGCCGACAAGUCUGACUGGUACAGUUACUCAAUGACGGCAAUCAAACCGUUCGAGGAGAACAUCGACGAGCGGAUCAAGGAAUGGCAGACAGAACUCGAGUCCAGGUUUUGCGCGGCAGACGGCACCCAGGCCCUCAAAUUCCACGAAGCCAUCAACUUCCUUGCGUACAAUAUCGUGACAGAAAUUGCUUUCGGCGAGCCCCUGGGCUUCGUCAGAAAAUGGUCGGACCACCAUGGGCUUAUCAACUCCUACGAAGGGAGCAUCUCCAGAGCGCUAGGGCGACUGCCAUUUCCAGAGGAUGCUGCUGUAAGGGAGGCUCUAAGCAGGAAUUGAGAGUGCAUGGCAAGCAGUCUACCUCCCGCACUUUCU